AUGUCCAACAAAGUCGUUAAUCCGAAAACAAAAAGAAGUAGAUAUCCUCGAACAGUUGUCCAGAAGUUAAAGUCUGUCGGGCAAGCUAUUGAACCUAAUUUGCCAGUCAAUGGUGUUUCGGGUGCUGAUAAACCAUCUUCAAACAAUGCAUACUGUCCUCAUUGGUCUCAUGAUGACCUAAUUUCGGGUGUCAGAAAUGGGACACUUCUAUCAGGUAACCUUCGUAUCAAUCCGAAGAACUUCGAAGAUGGAUACAUAAAGCAUCCGGCUGGUGAUGCUGAUGUAUAUAUCUCAACUUUAGCAUCCAGAAACCGAGCACUACCAAAUGAUAUCGUUGCUGUCAUGCUGGAACCAAAGCGUAACUGGAGGGUAUUUGAUUCUUUCAUCGAUGAAGCCACCAUGAGAGAAAUCGGGGAUUCAAAUCAGAAGAAGAAACCUAGAUAUGUUACUUUGGAACAGUUUCUUAAGAUUCAACCUACGGGGUUAGAACAACUCAUAGGAAGUUAUCUUGCAGAAGAGAUCGUACAAAAUCUAGAUUCACCUUCAGAUCCUAUUGAUUCCUCCUCAAGUGAGCAAGAUGUGCAAAGUCACAAAGCUUGGUGGGUGAUUAUACAAAGGACUGGCCAUGUUGUUGGAAUCCUUCAGUCGCUACAUUCCCGUGCUUUCAUAGGAAAUCUUCAAAUUCCUAGUAAUUUCCAAACUCCGAAAAAAGUAUCUCCGAAAGGUGACCAGAAUAAUAACCAAUCAGAGGCCAUACGUACAGAUCCAGUUCUGUCUAAUUGGAGGAAUGCUGUGCUCAUACCUACGGAUACACGCCUACCACGAGUCUUCAUACCUCGUGAAGCUUGUCCGGAAGGAUUCCUGAAAAAUCCCGAAACCUACAAAAACGUUCGUUUCAUUGGUCGUAUCACUGAAUGGCUUGAUUCAAAUAUGUUCCCGAAAGGGGAGUUGUUACGAGAAUUGUCCUGUGACUCUUCCACUCUGAUUCAGGAUGAAACGGAUAGGAUUUUAGUUGGCGCAGGAUUCAUUUGGGGUGUGGAUGCAGCUUUCCAGUUUCCUGAUAGUGUCACUGAAUCAGUUUGUAAGUCUGUUGAUGACGUGAAUGCUAUUCGUGAGAAGGAUUUUAUUUUCCGUAAAGAUUUUCGAAAAUAUUGUGUUUUUACGAUUGAUCCCAGUACCGCUAGAGAUCUUGAUGAUGCUUUGCAUAUUAGACAGUUGGAACCAAGUGAAAUAGAAAAAUUAGAAUGCAGUGGUUACCGAAACGCAUUUUACGAGGUUGGUGUACAUAUAGCUGAUGUUUCAUAUUUUGUGAAACCAGACAGUCCAGUUGAUAAGGAAGCGGCAUCCAGAGCAACUUCUAUAUAUUUGGUGCAACUGUGCGUGCCUAUGCUUCCACGUCUACUCUGUGAAGAACAAUGCAGUCUCAAUCCAGGAGAAGAUAAAUUAGCGUUUUCUGUGGUAUUCACUGUAACUGAGGAUGCCAACAUUUUAACAACAUGGUUUGGCCGUACAUUUAUUCGUUCGUGUUGCAAACUCAGUUAUGAAGAUGCUCAGGAAUUUAUUGAUCACCCUGAUAGGGACUGGUCGUCCAAUGAAUUUGUCAAGGUAGAACAACCAUAUACCGUAAUGGACAUUUGUAAAAAUGUCUUGAAAUUAAACGAUCUGGCUACUAAAAUGCGUAAAAGUCGUUUUCACUCUGGAGCGCUUCGCUUAGAUCAAGUAAAAUCUACCUUUUCUCUUAAUAAAGAAAAUGGACUACCAUUGGGUAUAGCCCCUUACAUUUCGAAGCAGAGUAAUUGGCUUAUUGAAGAAUGGAUGUUAGCAGCAAACAAAUCAAUUGCUGAACGCUUAGCUAAAUACUUACCCGACUCAGCUUUUUUGAGACGACAUCCACCACCAUCUGUAAAACAGCUGACCGAAGUUUCGUCUAGUCUAAGUGUUGCUGGGAUAAAUAUUAAUAUUGAUUCUGCCGGUUCAAUACAGCAUUCAAUUUGCCGUGAAGCAGGUUGUAAUGUCGAAGUUGGAUAUCACUACUCAGAUGCCCUUGUCAAACUGUGUGAUGGUUUUAUGUCCAAUGUUUUGAUUCAUGAUGGCGAUUUAAUUGAAGAAAUACAAAAAGUGGACCUCAACUCAGUUGUUCAAAAGGAGCAGUUACCACUCAAAACUCUUGAACAUGAAGCACGACUUCUUGUUACAGUUGCUUUAUUGACUAAAACAAUGAAUUUGGCUGUCUACUUCUGUUUAGGUCUACUACCAUCCGAGUUAUCGCCUUCACAUUACGCUUUAAAUAUGCAAUUGUACACACAUUUCACUUCUCCUAUUCGUCGUUACGCAGAUGUUAUUGUUCACCGGCAAUUGUCAGCUACUUUGGCCAAAGAAGAGAGUGAUCCUGAAAAAGCAGAUUGGUAUUUAAGUACAGCCUUUCCAAAAGAAAUGACGCCAGUCGAAUUGCAACAACAAGCUGAGGUUUGCAAUUCUAAAAAAUUGUCCGCCCGACUUGCUGGGGAAGAAAGUGCUGAAUUAUUCUUUGUUCUGUUUGUCAAGUGCUGUGUUUUGAUUUGGAUUGUUUAGUUCUUGAGCUCCCAUUGUCAUCGUUAUCCUAAAGAAUGACUUUACAAACGCCUAUAUCAAGUGAAGACGAAACAUAUGAAAACAACUUAUCACAAACCAUAUCAUCGGGACAUAUUGAUUAAGGACUUUUGAAAUAAGUUGUUUGAAGUUCAUUUUUUAAGGUAAGUCCUGAUGAUAUCCAGAACGACAAUAAAAUAUCUCCAGUUAAAUUAAACUAAAUCGCUUGAAGUGAAUUAUCGUGUCA